AUGCAAUCCUCGCUGUCGCCCGAAGUCCCACCUCCCCCGGGGAGCACACAUAGCACACACAGCAACGGGUCCCCGAACCCUUUGGCAAUGGUGCCCGACUCGGAGUCACCAGCCGACCGCGACUCGCCAAACGCACCCUCCUCGGCGACCAGUGAUUCCCGAUCUCAAGGGCAGCAGCCUCCCGUUGUAGCUGUCCCCGCUGCAUGUCUCGCCUGCCGCAGCAAGCAUCUCAAGUGCGACGGCCAGAACCCGUGCUCGCGAUGCCUGAGCUCCCAGUCCGAGUGCGUCUACGUCGCUUCUCGGCGCGGCUACAAGGGCCCGAGGAGGAAUUACACCGCCAAUCCGAACAAGAGAGCGCGAUCCUCGUCCCCCACUUCCACCGUAGGCGUCGGCGACAAUAGCUGUCCCAUGCUACUUGGCGCAAACGGCACCUCAGUACCCACGACGAUGCAGAAUGGAAUGGCAUUUAAUACGCCGGGCGUCGUGCUCCCAGAUACGCCCAGCACCACCUUUGCCGCGACGCCCAACUUCUCUAACUUGCAGCUCUACCGGUCUUUCGGUGCUGCCAUCGGCUUCAACUCGACCCAGCUAGCACUGGGUCAAUCUCAGCCCGGUGUACCUGCGCAAGUCCCCGUGCCUACCUUGGCCGAACGAUGUCUCGACUCCUUUUACCACCAUUUCUAUGCCUCACACCCGUUUGCCCUACCGAAAGAAUGGCUCCUCCGUAUCAUGAGAGACACCAAUGUAGAACCUCUCCUGGCCGCCAUUCGGUGGGUUGGUGCUCUCUUCCUCGACAUGGGGCCUGCGCGGGCUGGCUUUUUGGAUGAGGCAUUGCGCCUGGUCCAGGAUCCAACGACCCGGAGGGACGGCUUCUUCGUGCAAGCCUUGAUCCUUUUAAUUGUAGGCUUGGACGGCAGCUGUGAGCAGGAAAAGGCUCGAAAUCUGCUCGGUGACGCCGAACGCAUCGCCCUGGAACUGGGACUCAAUACCCGGGAGUAUGCGACACAGUAUGGGCGGGGCAUUCCCGUGUUAGAAGAGAGCUGGCGUAGGACAUGGUGGGACUUGUUCGUCGUAGACGGCAUGGUGGCUGGGGUACAUCGCCAGACCAACUUUCUCCUGUUUGAUGUACCCGCCGAUGCCGCCCUCCCUUGUGAGGAGCAUCAGUAUCUGUCUGGGAGCAUCCCACCACCUUUGACUCUCACGGACUUGGAAGACCAAGACUUCUCUGGGGAUGAUAGGGAGUUCUCCUCGUUUGCGUAUCGUAUUCUCGCAGGGCGGAACCUCGGAAAGUUCAUGCGCGUCCCGCCGAUAUACGGUCCUGAUGAUGAGAAUCUCGGGCGCAUCGAGGCGCUUCUGACCAACUGGAGGCUUCACCUGCCGCUAUCCAAGAAGGACGCCCUGGACCAGAAGCUACAAUCGGAUGAGAUGAUCUUCCAGGCCAACAUGAUGACCAAUGCAACAUCCAUCAUGCUUCACCAGCCGCACUCUCAGCUGGAUUCCUCGCCAACGCGAUCUGUAACGUCCUGCGCACCACACCGACCAGUCCCAUCCGGAGACUUAUUCAACACACAUACGAGCCACACGAUUGCUUCAGCCGCCGAAAUCAGCAAGAUGAUCACUCACCGUGUACCUCUCCUCUCACACACGCACUUCUUCACCUGCGUAGUGACGCUCUCCUCGAUCGUCCACUUGAGCAAAUGGGCGCUCUUCUUCAUCCCCCACGAUGACGACGACUUGCGACAGCAGAUUCGGCUCAAUAUCGGCGCCCUCAACAAGCUCUCGGCGGUAUGGAAGGCGGCGGGCAACGCUUCGGGGCAAGUCAAGGGAGUCGCACAGGAGAUUUACCGAUCAAAGAAGGCGUCGCAGAUCAACCCGACGUAUUGGCAGGGCUUCACGCAGGAUGAGGUGAUGAACAGCAUUGCGGCGGACGAGACGAUUAUGAACGACAUUGAGACUGGAUUGAGUGGAAUUCCGAUGCCGCCUCUCGACAACCUCCCUGGCUAG